AUGAGCGGAUACACACAGCAGCAGCCACAGGCUCCUCAGCAGUUCCAGCCCCAGCAGCCGGGCCAGCAGGCUCCCCAGCAGCCGGCAUCCCCGCCGGUUCAGGGCGCGGCCGGUGCCGUUGAUCUGUCAGACCCGUUUUAUAACGCGUAUUUUGAAACGGAUCUGACGAACCAGAUUCAGCAGGAACAACAGCAGGCGGCGCAGCAGCCGCAGGCUCCCCAGCAGAAUUGGCAGCCGCCGAACACCGCUGCGGCUCCCCAGCAGCCGUAUUACCCGCCACGCGCACCGGCAGCCCCCGACAACACUGCUGCCCUCGUUCGUUCGGAAAUCCAGCGUGCGUUGGCGGCUACGGCGCAGCAGUCCCAGCAGGCUCGCCCGCAGGCGGAAGCGCCGGCUCCUGUUUUCCGGCCGGAAGACAUUACGCUGACACCGCAGGAAGAACAGUCGAUCGGCGGCGCGGCUGGACGGGCGCUUCUGGCGAAAGUGGCUCGCCAGGCCAUCGCAGAGUACGAUACGAGCCGCAUCACGCCGGAGAUGCGUAAUCUGCGCCAGCAGACCGAGACACAGGCGCAGGCGGAACGGGCGGCCCGCGAGGCUACCACGGCGCAGCUUAUGACGGUUCGCGUUCCCGACGCCCAGACGCUGAUGAACAAUCCGGCGUAUAAUUCGUUUGCGUCCGAGAUGGUUUACGAUGCGGCCGCACCGUUCCCCGUCCCGCGGGGGGAAGUUCUUGCUCGCGCUUUUGGGAGUGGAAAUGUGGAAUACGUUGCCCAGCAGCUUGAAGAGUUCCGGCGCCGCGUGACCCCACAACAGCCACCGGCUCCUCAGCAGUUUCAGCAGCCGGGGCAGCAGCAGUUCCAGCAGCCGGCGCAGCCGCAGCCUUACGGCCAGCAGAACUGGCAGCAGCCGCAAACCCAGCAGCAGCCGUUCCCGCAGCAGGGGCAGCCGGUCGGCGUUUCUUACGGCCAACAGAACCAGUUUCCGACCGUUCCGGGCGCACCAAGCGGUUCGCCGGGGCAGUCAGUUCCGCCAUCGAUGGCGGCCCUUAUGGGCGGUCGUCGGUUUAACCAGGCCGCUGCCGAAAAGGCGCUUGGUGAUUUCGCUGCCCGUAUGCGGGCAGACCCACGCGACAUGGACGCUCGCGUAGGCUACGAAAAGACUUAUACUCUAUUGCGUGCUGCCCAGAGCGGUCGCCGCUAA